GUUCAUCGUCAAAAUGGGUCUUCUCCAUAGCUGCAUGCGGAAGCGAAGUAACAAAGUUGGCAUUAUGACCGACGAAGAAGAAGAAGCUUACAAGAAAAUAGAAAGAGAGCUGAAAAACGAAGUACUGGAGGAAUCUAUUCAGAACAAGCCUCUCCCGUGGUUAAUGUUUAGCUCUACAUCGUCAGAACGUGAGAAGGCUUAUACAAACCUUGCUCAGGGAGAUGAAAUUUCUGAUGUUGUAAAGAAAAAAGAUGGAAUAGCUUUCAACCUUGACUUUAAGUCUGCUCUUCCGGCAAAACUUCCACCCAUCAAGAUCACUUCUACCAGAUUAGUUCAAGAGGAUUAUGACAAGUGGAAAGAGGCAAGAGACAAAAGAUUGAUGGAAAAACUGGAGAAAGCAAAGAUUAGAAGGGAAGCGGUGCUGCAGAAGCGAAAAAUUGCAGCAAAAAGACCACAGACAGCUCAAAGCCGAUAUUUCAGUGAAGGAUAAACGGAAUUAAAGGACUCGCAAAUAUACUUGUUAAAGGACAACAGAUGUCCAUAAUCGGCAAUUCCUUUAAAAUAUUUUUAUUACUUUCUUUAAUUGACUUGCCUAGUUUGCGUUCUUUAAAAUCAUUUAUUAACAUUAAAUUUUGAAGCUUACCAAUUUAUCUAACGUUCAUCUAAGAUUUUUUAUAUAUCGGGAAAAAAAUUGUACAUAGUCUCUAAAAUUUUUGUAUGAACUCUUGAAUUGAAGGAACUUCUGUUACAUAUACUGAUAUCCUAA